AUGGUGAGCAAUUUCUUGAGAAAAGUUCCGCAGUCACUGAUUGAUGACUUCAUAAACACCCUGGAUGAAAUAAUUACUUACAUAAUUAAUGAAGCUAUUCAAAUGUUCUCAGUCGCUGUUUCUCUUUGUGACACAAGACAAUUGAUCAGAAGGAAAAAAUUUGGUACAUUACAUAAUGAUAUUAAUUUUAAUAAACCGAAGGAAAUAUUUUUAAUUUGUUUACAUCACAUCUUUACUCUAAAUAUUUUUGAAUUGAAGGCGAAUUUUUCACCGGCAGAAAUAGCUGAUGAAUGUCGCAAGCAGUAUGAUAGUCAAAAAUAA